AUGAUGACUGGCAGCGCUCGGCCGAACGAUGCCAGAUGGCUGAGUACUCAAGUGAUUGUGGAGCGUCGCCCCCAAAUGGUCCAGUGUGUGGAGGAUGGCUCUCUCAACAAAGUCGCGACCGAAACUUUCAGGAGCAUUGACCGGGAAGGAGUUGGACAGCUCACCUGGAACAGCGGUGCCAUUCGUGACUUCAUCACGCAGGUCCUGGCGCGGUUUGAGCUUCCUGCUCCACCUGAGAACCAGGUCUACCAGCUCUACUUGGCCUUUGACCGGGACAAAAGUGGGAGCUUGUCACUGUCGGAAUGCCUGAGGCUGGUUGAGGCAAUUGUGAGGGCAGCCUUCAGUAUCAAGUUUGAGCUCUUUGAUCUAUUUCAUGCCAUGUGGCGUUUACUCCCCUUGGGGGUUGCGGCUCUCCAUGAUGUGCUGGAACUGGAUGAUGCGCAGGGAGUGCAAGAAGGCACCUUGGGCAACUCCCCGGCUUUUCAUGCUUUGCAGAUCUCGGUGUCCAGCACCGGGGAGACUGUAGCUCAGGGACCGCCUGACAGUCUUCAACUCUCGGUGAGCAAGGCGCUCCAGCCUUGGCUCACUGCAGAGUUGGGCAAUUUGAGCGAAGUCUCUGGCUGCGGCCGCUGUUUGCGGAGCUGCCUGCCUGGUGAGGAUCAACACUUCCGGGGGCAGGGGAGCUAUGAAACCUGCGUGGCUCGCUGCGGUGGAGGCUGUCAGCCAGGAUUCCCACCUGCGGCCGACUUCUUCCAUGAAGGCGUUCGGGGCCCGAAUGAGAAUGAUUGGGCGGUGUGGAUUUUGAGUCUGCACAACUUGCAGCAUCAGCUCUCCACGCUGCCGUGGGCACAAGGAUCAGGUGAGUUCGAUUCGCCAGAGUUUCGCCGUAGCAGCAAUGCUUUUGUGACCGUCCAGACGAUGAUUCACGAUCGCAAGCUGUACGACCCGGUCCGAAACACUUAUACGGCGGUCGCCUACCUGAACGAUUUGAAGGACCGUUUCGGUGGGGUGGAUCAAGUGCUGCUUUGGGCUGGCUAUCCGAAUCUCGGGGUCGACACUCGCAGCAAUCUUGAUCUGAUGGACUCCUUACCUGGUGGUUUGCACUCCGCUGUGGACGCCUUCAGGCAAGCCAACCCCAAACUCCUGAUUCAGCUUCCGUACAAGCCAUGGGACAUUGCCACGAACGGCCUGGGCCAACACGACCCAUCGAGAUAUGCGGAUCUGAUGGCCCGUGCCGGGGCGGAUGGAUUGAAUUUGGAUACCAUGGACUCAUUGGGACCCUUUGUGGUACCUCCAUCUCAGAGUAAGCCGGAGAUGCCCGUGACGGAGUUCUUCGCAGCAGCGCGCCAGGCAGGACUUCAACAUGCCAUCAUUGAGCCAGAGCUUGGACUCUACGAUGGCCUUUUUCUUUUGAAUACCACUGCCCAGGGCUGGCUUUAUACCCUGGCGCAAUGUCCUCCCGUUGUUGGAUGUUCUGAAAGAACGCCAUUUGCCCCAUUGGUGUCACUGCAGAAAUGGAUUGCGCGAGGAUCCAUGCCGCAUGUGUGCGGGCGAUGGUCAACACAGAGAUCACAGGAAAUCCUGACGGCAUAUUUCAACGCGAUUGGCUAUGCUGCCUGGGAGAACAUUUUUGGCAUUUGGAAUGGAAUCAACCCACGAGACGCAGAACUGCUGAAGCGUGCCAUGCUCAUUUUGCGCCACUUUGGCCACUUUCUCUCAGAUCCAGGAGUUGCAUGGCUUCCCUUCUAUCCCGUCCAGAAGCUGACCUCAAAGGGCGAGAAUGUAUACGUCUCGAAAUUUGUGGGUUCGGAUAGAGAGCUGUUCUUGAUCAUCAACACUGGACUGCAGACUGCGGACGCCCAGGAUUGGAUGCUUCAAGUGCCACAAUCCGACCACUUCCGAUUUUAUGACCUGUACCGUGGGGACGAUGUUCAUCUGGAACGGGUCAACACUUGUUUGGUGAAGUCCUGCAAUGAGCGGAUACACCGCGCGCAAACGGCACAGCUGCACCUGUCCGUGGAGGGCGGAGGCAUCGGUGCCAUUCUAAAAGUACGGGUUGGAAAGAUGCAUCCUAAUGACCGCGAUUUUCUUCGGCGAAUGGGAACUGCAACAGAAAAGCCGUUGUCCUCGUUUGCAGACAAGGUCUCGCUUGCAAAGCAAACCUACCAUCCCGGUGACGGGGGUGCUGGGACUUUGUCGAACACCGGCGGCAUGGUGGUGGUGAACGGCUCUGCGGCCUUCGAGUUCCGCGUGGUUGGGUCGGAGAUCGAAGACACCUAUCGUGGCGGACAGAACUUCGUCAAACUUGGUGUUGAUGUCCAGUUCCCCUGGGAAGAUGAGGCUGUGAAGUACCACGUCGCACAUAAUGUCAGCAUCAAGGACCUCUUGGUAGACAAAUUCCCCGUGACCAACGAGAUGUUUGCGGCCUUUUUGAAGGAGACAUCUUACGUCCCAGUGGCUUGGAGCAGUUUGUGGACUUAA